AGUAAUUCCUUCUAAAUUUCUAACACAAGAUAUUUUCCACAAUACUUCUCUUUCUUCUUCCAUCUGUUUUUCUCUAGAACUUUCUACUCCACCUCCCAUUUUUAUAUCACUCAACUCACACUCUCUCUUUCCUUAAUCCCCACAAAAACCUCACAUCAUAAAACUUCUCACAAGAACCAUCUUAAUUAUAAUUAGCAACUGAUCAAGAAGUGGAAAAAAGAAAAGGAAAAAAAAGAAUGGAAGAAGGAGUGAGAGUUAAGGUUGAAGAAGAUGGAAUUGCCACAACGGUGUUGCCUAUGGAAGGGUUGCAUGAUGUUGGUCCACCACCAUUUCUAAGUAAGACUUAUGAAAUGGUGGAAGAUCCUUCAACUGAUGAAGUGAUUUCUUGGAGUAAAGCAAGGAAUAGUUUUAUUGUUUGGGAUUCUCAUAAGUUCUCCACUACAUUGCUGCCUAGGUUUUUCAAGCACAGUAAUUUCUCCAGCUUCAUUCGACAGCUUAACACAUAUGGUUUUAGAAAGGUGGAUCCUGAUAGAUGGGAAUUUGCAAAUGAAGGUUUUCUUGGAGGACAAAAGCAUCUUUUGAAGACCAUAAAGAGGAGGAGGAAUGUUGGUCAAAGCAUGAACCAACAAGGAUCAGGCCCUUGCAUUGAAUUAGGUUAUUAUGGAAUGGAAGAGGAGCUUGAAAGAUUAAAGCGUGAUAAAAAUGUGUUGAUGACUGAAAUAGUUAAACUUAGGCAGCAACAGCAGAGUACUAGAAAUCAGAUCAUUGCAAUGGGAGAAAAAAUCGAAAGCACGGAGAGGAAACAAGAACAGAUGAUGAGUUUCCUAGCCAAGGUUUUCAGUAAUCCCACUUUUCUCCAGCAGUACUUGGACAAACAUGUGCAGAGAAAAGAUAAACAACGCAUUGAAGUUGGACAAAAGAGGAGAUUGACAAUGAACCCCAGUACUGAGAACCUUCAAGAUGUUGUAUCAGUUGCCAUAGGAAGUGAUCAGCCAAAUAUUGGGACGGAUAUCGAAACGUUUUUCUCUGCUGCAUUGGACAAUGAAUCGAGCAGCAAUGUGGGGUCGGCUUCUGUUGUGACAGCAAGUGGAACUGAUAUAGAACUGGCGGCUGAGAAUAUAUGGGAAGAGUUGCUGAGUGAAGAUCUUAUAUCGGGGGAUCGAGCAGAGGAAGUACUGGUGGGUGAUCGACCUGAAGUUGACGUGGAAGUUGAAGAUCUUGUUGCAGAAACAACUGAAUGGGGGAUGGCAGAGUCGUGGAGGCCUAAAGCUAUUUUUUGCUAUUUUAUAUCCUCUGUUAAUGUAUAAUUGUACUAGUUUGUGUGGGAAAAGUGAAGUGCAGAAUUAAUAUUUCCUUUUCGUUUGGUUUAUUUUUCAGGUUAAGAUGCAGAUCUCCUUUCAUGAAAGCUUUGAGGAAAUCUCUUGUAGAGCAUCAGUAUAUAUUG